CUUUAUAUAAGUACUUCCAUCUCUUUGUCUUUGUUACAAUUUGAAUCAGAGAGAAAUUAAGAAGCGAAAAACAAAGAACGAGAGGAGGCGAGAGGUAUAGAAGAAUAUUCCUUGUGAUUUGUGAAGCAAGCCUUUUGUUUUUGUUUUGUGAGUAUCCGAUCUUCCUCUUCUUUCUCUUGGUCAUAGGGUUUAGGGUUUCGUUAGUCAUACGUUAACAAAUAAAUUAAUUUCGAUUGUUCACUCUUUCCACGCGCUAGAGUCAUCAUGGCAAUGCUUAAGCGCACGAUUAGCAUCGUAAGAAUCGGAAGAGGUCUGAGUUAUCGUUCACUUUCUUCCGGGAACCAUGUCGACAAAUUAGGAAUGGUUAAGGCUCUAGAGGCGAUCAACGUACCCUCAACACAAGCGGAGGCAUUAACCGGCGCAAUCACCAGUGGCUUUGAGUCGGUGAUGGGGAAGGUUAAAGCCGACAUCGCCAAAUCCGAGGAGUAUAAAUCAACUCGUGUUGCAGAAGAGUUUCGAAAAAUGCGAGCCGAUAUUGAAAAGAUGCGAGCGGAUAUUGCUACAAUACAAGCAGAGGAGAGGUGUGAUCACGAUAACCACAUACACAAAGUUGAGCAGGGUUUUAACGAGUUAAAAGAUGAGUUCGACGCAACAAAAUAUAAGAUCGUGAAGUAUGCUAUAUAUACACUGAUCCCUGUGGCAGCAGCUGAAACUGGUAUGCUUUUCUCGAUGAUAUACUAGCGACGUUAUCGGAUCUUUGGAAGGAAUCUAAAGAGUUCCGAGCGACGAAAAUCAACUGACUCAAACAUAUCCCCCCAACUAGAAUGACUCGUGGACUUUGUUUGGUUUUGUGCUUUUUUCAUUGACAUUGGUUUUAUGCUUUUGCAAAGUAACUCUUAUGCCUCCAGUACCAUCACCUUAGUCCAAAAGGAAGUCCACUUUUAAAAAAUUCAACUUUUUCACUUAUACUUGCACUUAUAUUUUCUGAAAAAGAAAUAGAAUUAAAAUUACUGGUAGUGACUUGUUUUGGCGGCCUCAAUAUACACGUCGUACUGUACUCAUCCUAUAACUACAUUACAU